CUCAACUCCUCCACUUAUGUACACUUCCCAUGCGUGUACGGAUACACUCCGAAGUGGAUCAAGCGAAUAUCUCUCUAAGAAUCCCAUCAACACUAUUAUGAGGCCAAGGUCUACUUUCAGACCUCUUUGCCAGUCACCAAUAUAGCCUUCGCUUAGUAACAUGCCCAGAUGGCUCCACGGAUAUAAAGCCUGGGGCCUUACGCGGCCAUCAAGACUCGAAACGAGGCUAUUCGGCAGUCGGCAUUAUACUGAGUUCGUCCGAGUGCCGUGUGCUUCUUCUGGCGACAUUACUGUGAGCCUGCACAAUGUCUCUCACCACCACCCCACCACGCCCUUGGUGAUAUUUAUCCCACCAUUCUCGCAACCAGGCCCAGAACCGGCCGUGCCAUUGCCAGCCUGCCUCCUACACCACCCAACCGCCAUAAUCAACUACAGGUGGCGGUCACAUACGGAGGAUGAGAGGCCAGACGUUCACCUCCAGUGGCCUACGCCGCUUCAUGAUGUCCUCUUCGGUUAUUCCUGGCUUUCGUCCAAACUCGGCCUCACCGAUGGCACCUCUCCCGGGCCUCGCUCUGCCUAUGUCUACGGCUCCUACCUCGGCGCAAGCCUCGCCGCCAGCCUCGCCCUAACCGAGUCACACUUGCCCCAUCCUUCCCGCCCCAUGACUGUCCGCGGUCUGAUAGCGCACAACGGCAUCUAUAACUGGACCAUGUUUCUUCCCGACCACCCCAUUCACAAGCUCUCCAGGGCCAGGCGGCGAAAGGGUCUGGUCUUUCCCCUUCCCGUCUCCAACACCCUCUCGGAGGACGAAGCCGAUGACGACGACAUCUUCGCCCUGCUAAAACGCCAGACCACUUUCCUCUUUUCCGAUCCCGCACAACUCUUCGACCCCUUCGCAUCACCUUGUCUGUUCUUCCACUCUCCCAACCUCCACGUGCCACAGGAUUUCACCACGCCGCUCACGGAAAACUCAUCCCUCCUGCCGCCAGAAUGGACCCAGGCCAUAGAUGCCCUGUCCUCCUCUUCCUCUUCCUUUUCCAUUUCCACGGAACCGUCCUCGCCCGAUUCGCCUUCCCACUCAGACCCAGAGUCUGCCGCCGCCCUGCUCGCCCGCGCAGAGCACCAGGCAAAACAACUCCGGCCCCCGCGGAAAGGCUACCUGGUCUUCCCGCCGCGGUACUCCACGCUGCGUCUGCCCGAGACACUGCUGCUUUACAAUGACGAUGACGAUCACGUCAGCGGCGGCAGCAAGACCCGCAUCAGCGCUAGUACCAGUACCCGGUCUGGCGCCAGGAACAACGCUCCUUCCGCAGCCCGCCGACGGCAGCAGAAAAGCCGCAACAGCUUCAGGGUCCAAGCAAACGAGCUGGCGGGACUGAUGCGUCGCAGUCUGCGGCUGCUGGAGUUCCGAGAACGGACGGUGGGAGACGACAACGACGAGGACUAUGAGGCUGUGGUGGAUCUGGAGGACGCGCGGACGCGCGAGGCGGAGCGGAGGGUACAGAUUCGCGAGUUGCGCAGGCUGCAGCAGGCGGGGGUUGAGACGGGGGCUGCCGUGCCGGGGCUGGACCAGGAUGGGGAGGAGAGGGUGGCUGACUGGUUGAGGGAGCGGAUUGAUGAGGAGGGGAGGCUGGUGUCAUGA